AUGGCUCCAACAGUGCUUCACCUUCGUGCCGAGGACAAGCCCCUCGAGCAUAGAUCAGCUCUCACCCCCUCCACGACCAAAGCUCUCAUUGCUGCCGGCUACAAAGUCAACGUCGAGCGUUCUCCUACAUCUGCCAUUCGUAAGCGAAUUUUCGAUGACUCCGAGUUUGAGAAAGCUGGCGCUACUCUUGUACCAGAAGGUAGCUGGGUUGAUAUCCCCUCCGACCACCUUGUCAUUGGAUUGAAGGAGCUUGAUGAGACCAAGGAUUUUCCCCUCAAGCACUCACACGUUACCUUUGCACACUGCUUCAAGAACCAAGGCGGUUGGGAGAAGGCUCUUGGACGAUGGAGCAGGGGUGGCGGUGUGUUGUAUGAUUUGGAAUUUUUGCAGGACGAUAAGGGUCGAAGAGUUGCGGCUUUCGGCUAUCAUGCUGGUUUUGCUGGAGCUGCUCUCGCCAUCAAGACUUGGGCUUGGCAGCUAGAGCAUCCUGACGGUACUCCACUCCCAGGAGUUGAUGAGUUUACCGAUGGGAAGGGAUACUAUGCUAGCGAAGAAGAGAUGCUGGAGCAAAUUCGUGGUGAUGUCGCCAGAGGUGAGAAGAUUGCUGGUCGAAGACCACAGAUUCUAAUCAUUGGUGCUCUUGGACGCUGUGGAAGGGGUGCCGUUGAUGCUUGCGUCAAGUCUGGAUGCGAAGAUCUCCUUCGAUGGGACAUGGCUGAGACUGCGAAGGGCGGACCCUUUACUGAGAUUGUUGAAGCUGAUAUCUUCAUCAACUGCAUUUAUCUUAGCGAGAAGAUUGCGCCAUUUGUUGAUAUGAACAGCCUUAAAGCUUCAAACCGCAGACUGUCUGUUGUUUGCGACGUUAGCUGCGAUACCUCCAACCCAAACAACCCAAUUCCGAUCUACAACGUCAACACCACAUUUGAUAAGCCUACUAUUACCUUGAGCUUAUCCAACCCGCCUCUCAGCGUGAUUUCAAUCGAUCACCUCCCCAGUCUUCUUCCAGCUGAAUCGUCCGAUGCAUUCUCCAACGAUCUGCUUCCCUCCAUGCUUGAGAUCCAAAACCGAGCUUCUCACCCUGUUUGGCAGCGCGCCGAGAAGCUGUUCAGAGAGAAGGUUUCUACCCUUCCUGCCGACCUACAGAAGGUUGAACAAUAA